CGCGUGGUGCCGCGUCGCUUCCUGGAUACAGCGGCCGGCUGAUUUCUCUCUUCUCGGGAUUAAUUCGCGCUCAGCGACGACGACGACGACGACCACGCAGUUUCGACCAUCGAAGUAACUUUAUUUCGCCUGGAACGGCUUUACCGGUGGACAUCCAGUAAGACAAAAUGAGCGUGAAUUCUGCCAGGAAUUUCAUUCCGCCUGUGAGCAGGGAUCGAAUCAUAUCCAAGAUGCCCAAGUGCUACACAGAGGAUGCCUGCAUUACCUCAAAUCCGCAGUUCCAUGCCAAGGUGAAAACUGCCUGCCAGGAGCACAGGACUGGCACAGUUGGGUUGAAGAUCUCCAAGGUGGUCGUUGUAGGUGAUCUGGCAGUUGGCAAGACGUGUCUGAUAAACAGGUUUUGUAAGGACACAUUUGACAGAGACUACAAAGCCACCAUUGGUGUGGACUUUGAAGUUGAGAGGUUUGAGAUCUGUGGCGUUCCCUUCAGUCUACAGAUAUGGGACACAGCCGGACAGGAACGAUUCAAAUGCAUUGCUGCUGCCUAUUACAGAGGGGCACAAGUUGUGCUGGUUGUCUUUGAUCUGGCGGAUAUCGAAAGCCUUGAUCAUGCUAAACAGUGGCUGAAGGAUGCGAUGAAAGAGAAUGACCCUGAUUCUGUGCUGGUGUUUUUGGUGGGGACCAAAAAAGAUUUAUUGUCUGAGGGUCAGUGUUCACGUGUCGAGAGCGACGCCAUUAAAAUAGCCAAGGAAAUGAAGGCUGAAUACUGGUCUGUUUCUGCAAAAACAGGAGAUGGCAUUAAAGACUUUUUCUUCCGCAUUGCGGCGCAAGCGUUUGAGGACUGCCUACUUAAAGAGCUGGAGAGACCACAAGCACCGUCAGCAAAAAUAGGAGGUGGAGAUUUUGUCAAGGUCGACCGGAGUAAUGCGAAUGUCUAUGAUGAAGCCAAUCAAAAGAAAUGCUGCUAACAUUACAAAACGUUCUCAGACUGUGAGCUGCGAACUCACUCAACGCAGACCUUAAAAGAUCACGGUCAAGGGAAUAGUCAGGGUGUUUUUUUUUCAAUUAUUAUUAACCUGACAUGUGUUAUUCCUGCACAGUAAUUAAUUGACCUAGGGGAUUACUACUAUCCUAAAGAACAGUCAUACCGAGUAAUGUUAUUUAUCUGUAGAAUCUGAAACUGUCUUAGCAACAAAAUUGCACUUUUUAAAAUGCCGCUUUACAAUAACAAACAGUGGAAUGUAAGUUCACAGCCUGUAAGCUAAUUUUUUUUAUAGUGCUCUACUUAAGGUUUGUUCUGUUUUAGACUUUUUCUCUUAAUAAUGGUUAAUCAAACUCACUUGACCUGCAAUAAUUGCCACUAAGUGUCAUGUAUGGGAUAAUUGUGGAAAAGUAAUGUCCAGUACUUUAAUUAUGGGUAUUGUAGCAGCAAUGGAUUUAUUAAUAAAUGUGUGCUCGCUUUUUGAUAUUUACUCUAGGUAAUGUGAAUGCUGCAAUAUAUAUAUGCCUUACAUUAUCAUGAACAUGCACACUUAAACAGUCGUUUUGUGUAUAAAAGUGGCUGCAUGAAUAUUUGGAUAUUUAAACCAGGUGAGAACCACUGAGACUAAUAUUCUCAAGGGAGACCUGGGGUAGCAAAACCAUAACGAAAUAUUCAUAGUUUUUAUUUUACCAGGUAAGAUCCGCUGAGCUUAUACAGCUCUUUUUCAGAAGUGACCUGGCCACAAAUGAUAGCUCAUUAUGUGGAAAUUUAGCAGCCAAAUACUCUAAAUAUAAAAGCACAUGCCAUCCAACUUUACUUUUACAAAAAAAUGGCAUCUAGGAACGUGCAAAAUUCAAAAUGCUUCAAGUAAACUUCGCGACAAUGUAAGACACUACCACAGUUCUGAAAUAGCAUAGUAAUAAUAACUAGAUUAUAUUCGGUACGGAAAUAAUAAUAAUGCUGUUGUCACUUAAAACGUUCACGUAAAACUUUUUUUAAUCAAAGUUACCACGUCUUAAAAUAGCAUAAGUGUCGGAAAAAUGUGCACAGCAUUGCAUUAUUUUGAAUAACCAUUAUCAUUGUGACCAAUCUUAGCUAGCAAUAAGAUCAAAAUCUCAUGCGACAUCAAUGCUGUUGAUAGCUGCAGUUCUCAAACAGACCCUGCAGAGAUAAUUGCCUUAAGUGUUUAAUUCAAAACACCUUUCACAAAGCCUUUAUUUGGUAACGAUUGUGCGGAAUAUUAGUCGCCAGUAAAGCAAUUUACAGACGCAUCGUAUGAACGGGACACUUACCAUAAGACGUUUUAAUUCUUCAAAUGCUCCCUGUGUAUAAUUAACCAUUCCAAUUACAGUGACAAGCCUGUGUAGUCACACUGGUCUUUAGUAAAUACAUGUUUAUCGAGUCACAAUUGAACAGGAAUAACUUUGAAUUAAAGUCCAACUUUUGGUUGCUCUGUUAAAGCCUGAAUUGUGAAUAGCAUUUAUAGCGCUAACGAUUUGAUUAAUUUCAUCACGAUUUGACGUGAUUCAAUUGAAGAUUUGUUUUCUUAACGCAUAAAAUAUGUGUGUUUGAGUGGUCACAUGAACCAAUUACAUGCAACAUAUAAAAUAAAAGUCUGUUCUUGCACUCACAAAUCGAUGCUUGAUUGGUGACAUUAAGGGUCGAUUUUAAUCAAUGACUAUGCAUUGCUGUACCCAUGCUGUAUUCAGCACCCAUUGAGUGUUUUUGCAGUCUUUUCGGAUUUUUGAAAGUGCCUAGCAGAAAUGAGAAACGCAAGGUGCCUUCUAUUGUGCAGUGGCAUAAGUUGGUCUUUAGUAAAUAUGGACUUAUAACGUGGUAAACGUUUUAUUUGUAUCUUUGGCCCGAUGCUUAUGGUAUGCGCUUACCGGCAUUGUCAAAGAAAAAGGUUUUGGCAGGCGAGUGGCAAUCUAAACACUUUGCUAAAAUACUAAGUAAUCGGUGACCUUCAGGAGUAACUGUACUUAAAUAAAUAGUUUUUUUGAGCAAUGGUCAAUUGUCAUAACUGAUUACGUGUUUGAAAAUAACCUUUCUGAUUAAAAUGUCAGCUAUGUUGCAGAAGUUACUGACUCGGUUAUAUCGUCAGCAACAUGAUUAUCGCUUAUUAUUUUGCCCCAUUCAGAAUGCCAGUGUAACUGUUAAAUCUGUCAUACGUAUGUGUGGAUUCUUAAGCUGAAGUUGGGCACAUGCAUUGCACAUUAACUUGACAUUUUCUUGACGUUAAAAAGAUAAAAAAUCAACAAUGCUCAACUUAUAUUUGGAAGAUGGGACACGAAUUCUACUUCAAGAGUAAACUUGUCAUGUGCUGCAUGCUUCGUGUGCAUCUCUAGUGUAGUGCAAUACUGUAUCUGUACAGACGUUUUCUUCCAUAUAUCCUUGUAUUUGCUCGAAGCUAACUCUGAUGCAUUAUUGUUCCAGUGGCCAUAUGGUUACACAAAUUGUCCUUGCCAGCUGUGAGUUGUAUUCCAUACAAAAUCGACCCUCGCUUUUUGUUAUCCAUUUUUUGUAUCAAUUAGAUUAAGUUUACAACCAGUAACUUAACAGACUCGGGAUAAGUAUGGUACAGUCACGUUCACCACAGUUCUCGUACUAGCUCACGUUGAUCAGUCUACAUUUAUGGACCCUGACAUUUCGGCCAGGGUCAAGCCCAUUUAUCCCAGAGUUGUUCUUCUAAAACAUGAUUAUUAAUUAAUGUUUGCUUAAGGAGACAUGUUUUUUUUAAUGAUCGCCCUCUGCAGAAACUUUGGCCCACCAUAGGAAUGUUGUUUUUAAUUCGAUCUUAAUGUGACAAAGUUUUAAAAGGGGAAUAACUGAAAAGCCCUGCAAAGGAAAUACAUUUAAUCAGCGGUGAUUUAACAAAGAUUGUUGCAAGGUAUGUUGUGGGGACACUGGUAAGAAUCAGAAUGUUUAUCUUGGAGAAAUACGAUCUAUGAUGCUCUUUUUUUCAGUAGGGGCGGGUCAGAAAGUUGACGUUUAUUCAAAUGAGUCACCUUUGCGAAACUCCUUAAACUCCUUGUGUAUAGUAGUGUGCAAAUGUACAACAUUCUUUGCCUAAGUGACCUACCAA